AUGGGGACUUCAGAGAAGAUGGGGUUUUCGGACGACAAAGAGGGCGAAGUGCAGACGCAGUCGCCCGAACUCCCCCCUCUGACCAACACCACGGAGCGCCGACUCAUGGCCAAGAUCGACUGGCACAUCAUCCCAUGCUUGUGUGUGAUGUACCUGCUUGCUUUCCUGGACCGAGUGAACAUCAGUAAUGCGGCGGUCCUUGGGCUGCGCGAGGACCUGAACAUCGUCGACGGAAUGAAAUAUAACACGGCAUUGACCAUUUUCUUCGUCCCAUACGUUAUCUUCGAGAUCCCAUCCAACAUCUUGCUGAAGAAGUGGAAGCCUCAUGUGUGGUUGUCGAUGUGUAUGUUCUUGUUCGGCCUGGUGAUGAUCUGCCAGGGCUUGGUGUCUAAUUGGGGAGGUCUGAUGACAACCCGUUGGUUCCUCGGAAUGUUCGAAACGGGCAUGUUCCCCGGAUGCUUCUACCUGCUGGGAAUGUGGUACAAGCGCAGCGAGGCGCAAAAGCGAUUCAGUUUCUUCUUCAGCUCCACGACCCUCGCCGGCGCGUUCGGUGGCUUGCUGGCCAGUGGACUGGGUAAAAUGGAUGGAAUCCGGGGGUACAGUGGCUGGCGGUGGGUUUUCAUCAUCGAAGGCCUUCUCACCUGCGUUGUCUCCUUCAUCUGGUUCUUUGUCAUCCCCGACUUUCCCGAGGAUGUCAAAUGGCUUACUGAGGAGGAGAGAGAGUUCAUCCGGGCGAAGCUGGCGCAGGACACCGGAGGUGCUGCGCAUGACGCGAAGAUUGGCUGGCGCGAAGUUCUGGACGUCUUCAAGGACUACAAGAUCUUCAUCGGCGGUCUUAUGUAUUUCGGUCAAAUUGUCACGGCAUACGGAUACGCCUACUUCGCGCCGAGUAUCAUCAAGACCUACGGCUACGAUGCUAUCAUGACCCAGUUAUACUCAAUCCCACCGUGGGCGGCCGCAUGGGGCUUUUCCAUGGUGAUCGCUGUGCUUUCGGACAGAACCGGGCAUCGUUUUGCGUUUACUAUAGGACCCAUGUUGAUUGCCAUGGCCGGAUUUGGUAUCUUGCUGAAUGUGCACGGAGAAGAGAAUCGCAGCGUCCAGUACGGCGCCUUGUUCUUAGUUACCAGCGGCUGCUACAGUGCGAUGCCGGUGAUAGUGUGCUGGUUCGCCAUGAACCUAGGCGGCCAUCGCCGACGAAGCAUCGGAACUGCAUGGCAAGUGGGUUUUGGAAACAUCGGCGGCAUCAUUUCGACAUUUGCAUUCCUCGAGAAGGAUGCGCCGGAGUAUAGACCGGGCUUCGCCAUCAGUGUAGCCUUCCUCUGCUUUUCGGCCGCCUGCUGCAUUGCCUACUUCGCAGCGGUCUGGUAUGACAACCACCGGCGCGACCAGGCGGCGGCCAAUGGCACUGUACCGGAGUACAGUCAGGAGGAGCGAGAUCUCCUGGGCGACAUGGCGCCCAGCUAUCGGUAUGCAUACUGA